GGGUCAGCCUCUCCCCAUCCCCCUUCUCCCUCCUUCCUGCCUCCUUCCUGGCCAUGAAGGGCCCACGGGGGUGGCCCCCUGGCAGGGCCCGGGGCGGGGGUCCCGGGGACCUGUGGCCCUGGCUGGCACUGUGGCUGCUGGUGGCCUGGGGCGCGGCGGUGGCGGGGGUCCCGGUGGGCCCGCAGAGCUGCCCGUCCUCCUGCUCCUGCAGCAACCAGUUCAGCAAGGUGGUCUGCACGCGGCGCGGCCUGGCGGAGGUGCCCCCCGGCAUCCCCUCCACCACCCGCUACCUGAACCUGAUGGAGAACCAGAUCCAGCGCAUCCAGGCGGACACCUUCCGGCACCUGCACCACCUGGAGGUCCUGCAGCUGGGCCGCAACGCCAUCCGGCAGAUCGAGGUGGGCGCCUUCAAUGGCCUGGCCAGCCUCAACACGCUGGAGCUCUUUGACAACUGGCUGACGGUGGUGCCCAGCGGGGCCUUCGAAUACCUGUCCAAGCUGCGCGAGCUCUGGCUGCGCAACAACCCCAUCGAGAGCAUCUCCUCGUACGCCUUCAACCGGGUGCCCUCCCUCAUGCGCCUGGACCUGGGCGAGCUCAAGCGCCUCAAGUACAUCUCCGAGGGGGCCUUCGAGGGCCUCCACAACCUGCGCUACCUGAACCUGGGCAUGUGCGGCAUCCGGGAGGUGCCCAAUCUGACCCCGCUGGUGGGCCUGGAGGAGCUGGAGAUGUCUGGCAACCACUUCCCGGCCAUCCGCCCGGGGGCCUUCCGGGGCCUGCGCUCCCUCAAGAAACUCUGGGUCAUGAGCUCCCAGGUGGGGCUGAUCGAGCGCAAUGCUUUCGACGACCUGGCCGCCCUGGUCGAGCUCAACUUGGCCCACAACAACCUCACCUCCCUGCCCCAUGACCUUUUUGCCCCACUGCGCUACCUGGUGGAGCUGCACCUGCACCACAACCCCUGGAGCUGCGACUGCGACAUCCUCUGGCUGGCCUGGUGGCUCCGCGAGUCCAUCCCCACCAACUCCACCUGCUGUGGCCGCUGCCACGCCCCGGCCCACCUGCGCGGUCGCUUCCUGGUGGAGGUGGACCAGACAGCCUUCCGCUGUGCCGCACCCUUCAUCAUGGACGCCCCCCGGGACCUCAACAUCUCUGAGGGGCGGGUGGCCGAGCUGCGCUGCCGGACGCCGGCCAUGUCCUCCGUCCGGUGGCUGCUACCCAACGGGACGGUCCUCAGUCACGCCUCCAGCCACCCCCGCCUCUCCGUCCUCAACGACGGGACCCUCAACUUCUCCCAGGUGCUGCUCAGCGACACUGGCCUCUACACCUGCAUGGUCACCAACGUGGCUGGCCACUCCAACGCCUCGGCCUACCUCAACGUCAGCACGGCCGAGCUCAACACCUCCAACUACAGCUUCUUCACCACCGUCACCGUGGAGACCACCGAGACCUCCCCGGAGACCCUCUUCCCCAAGUUCACCAAGCCCGUCCCCACCACCUCCACGGGGUACCAGCCGGCCUACACCACCACCACCACCGUCCUCGUCCAGACCACCCGGGGCCCCCGGCAGGAUGCAGGGGGGGCCGUCCCAGGGGUCCGCGACAACAACGACAAGAUGCAAACCAGCCUGGACGAGGUGAUGAAAACCACAAAGAUCAUCAUUGGCUGUUUCGUGGCGGUGACGCUGCUGGCGGCAGCCAUGUUGAUUGUCUUCUACAAACUCCGCAAGCGGCACCAGCAGCGCAGUACCGUGGCCGCCGCCCGGACCGUAGAGAUCAUCCAGGUGGAUGAGGACGUGCCCACCGCGGCGGCGACAGCAGCAGCGACAGCGGCCUCGGGCACCGGCGCUUCGGCCGCCCCGGCCGGAUCAGGUGAGGGGGCAGUUGUACUGCCGUCUAUACAUGACCACAUUAACUACAACACUUACAAAUCCCCCCACGGGGCCCACUGGACAGAAAACUGUUUGGGGAACUCCUUGCACCCCACAGUCACGACUAUUGCCGAACCUUACAUAAUCCAGACCCACCCCAAGGAGAAAGUGCAGGAGACGCAGAUCUGAGGCCCUUUGCCGGCCAAAUGGGAGCCUGGCCCUAGGAUGCACAAAGCAGCAGCGGCACCACCGACCGACGUCCAUUUCUGUACAGAGAGGCCAGGGAGGGGGACACAGGCCUGGGGGUCUGGGGCGGGGGUCUCCUUGUAUAUGCUUAUAUAUUAAGUCCUUGGGUCCAGGUCAGAGAAGCAGAUUAUAUUGGAAAAGGAAAGACAAAACCCAUAAAGAACCCCCUAUUUUCUAACUUGUAAGUUCUAUUUAAAAGGAGGCAGCAACUAACCCCCAGCCCACCCCCAAAACAGAGCCCCCUCCCUGACCAAGAGGCAGCAGGCCUGGUGGCCGCCGGGAGGACUUUCUGGAAGGAGGCGGCUGCACAGCCAGAGAGAAAGAGAGAGAAGGACAGCGGCAAAGAUGGACAGGGAAAGGAAAAACAACCCAAACCAGAGAGAUUGGGGGGGGGGGGCAUUUUGUCCUUUUUAGAAGACAUUACUUAGAAUGCAGCAAAAACAAACCCGUUUCUAUAGAGACACUCUUUUUCUUAAAGCCCCGGAAAAAAAGAAGCCAAGUCUCCAUAUUUGCAGCUAUUUACAGAAAAGGGGAAGCGCACCAAGGGUUUGUACUGUGCCAAAAGGUGACAAAUGCAAUAAAAAGGUCUUUUCCCCCA